GGAGCUGAGAUGAUGACAGAGGAACCUGAACUGAUCCAGCUCUGCCAGAAAUAACCUGCAGAGGUUCAUUAUGGGAUUGAGCCAAGCCUCUAACGUCACUCCAGACAUCAGUUUGGCAGUGGCAGCGGUGGCGAACAACCAUGCCAACACCACUGGCACCUUGCCCACCUCGUCCCUCCCUCCUUCAUCCUGCAGCAUUGAUGAAUCCUACAAGUACGUCUUCCUGCCUGUCUGCUACUCGCUCACCUUCCUCUUCAGCCUCACCCUUAACUCCGUGGUGCUGCUGCGUUCCUGUUGCCACCAUGGAGGUUGCUGCGGUGGUGGCGGCAGCAGGCGACGCUGGAACACCUCACUGAUCUACAUGGUGAACCUGGCCACCACCGACCUGAUGUACGGCCUGUCGUUGCCCUUCCUGGUGGCGAGCUACAUGCUGAGAGACCACUGGGUGUUCGGAGACUUCAUGUGCCGCCUCGUCCGGUUCCUCUUCUACUUCAACCUCUACUGUUCCAUCUUCUUCCUCACCUGCAUCUCUGUGCACAGGUACCUGGGUAUCUGCCAUCCGAUGAGGACCAUCACUCUGGAGAGCAAGCGGGUAGUGAAGGGGACCUGUGCGUUGGUAUGGGUGGUUGUCUUCAUCCUGACCUGCCCCAUCUUCAGGUUUGCGCAGACAGGUUAUGUCCAGCGAGGAGGCGCCAGGGUUGGUGGGCCUGGAGGUGCGAGGGACGGUGGGAACAGGACUGGAUUUCAGGGGGAGGACGGGGAGGGGUACAUGAACUGCUGGGACGACGCCAUUGAUAAUGAGUUUGCUGUCUACGUCCCAUACGGCAUCGUCCUCCACCUGCUGGGCUUCUUUGUGCCGUUUGUCAUCAUAGCCUGGUGCUACUCGCAGGUGGUCAGGACAAUAUUUCAGACCCUGCGCUCCCCGCCUAGUUCGAUAGAGGGCGGUGAGGAUGGUCCAGUGGGAGAUGGGACGCCAGAAGGAGUUAGAGGGCGAGAGAGAACCUCGGUCUCCAUCUCUGGCUCGCAGUACUCACACUACAUCCGGCGGCGGCGGAAAUCCAUCAAAACCAUUGUAACCAUCACGCUGCUGUUUGCGCUCUGCUUCCUGCCCUUCCACGUGACCCGGACAGUGUUCCUGCUCCUGCGGCGAGGGCAGCUUGGCGGCUGCAAUGCCAUGAAGACUGUCUCCAUCUGCUACAAGGUCACCCGGCCGCUGGCCUCCUGCAACGCUUGGCUCAAUGCCCUCCUCUACUUCCUGACAGGGGAUAAGGGCGCCCCCUGCUGCUGGCAGGUAGAGCCCACCGUCCGCAGAGACCGCCGGAGUGGCUCCCUCUGGUGGCCGCUGAAGAUCCUGAAGAAGGACGGAGUCGGAGAGGACGACCAAGAGGCAGCCGAGAAGAUUGAAAGGGAGGUGCACAUGGAGAACGAGUCCAAGUCUUCAAGGGUCAUCUUCUAAGGACGCUUCAGUGCUGAUUUCUUUAUAAAAGACUUAAAACAGCACAAAAUGCACCUGGAAAAAAUCCAGUAGCAGUAGUGUCGGGUAUUGUUUGGUUUUCUCAAUACUUGUGCCGAUACGAUGCCUGACUUUUGUUACUGAUACCAAAACAAUACUUGAUAAAUGUCUAAACACAAGCUGCCGUACAAGAACUUCUCCCUGUCUAAAUAAAAUUAAUCUUAACUCUAAAAUUGGCAAAACUAUCUGAUCGCAGAAAAGUGAACAUUUUGAAUCUGAGUGGACAUUCAAGGCCAGAUUUUGGUCCUUGAUCAGUACUGAAAAAAGGAUUGAAUACUCAGCACUACUGUUUAGAUGUUUGACUCAAGUCAAGUAAUGUCAGUAUGAAUCAUCUCUUUGUCUUAAUUUAGUAAUUUGUACCCUUAAAUUACUCCCUUUGUGUCAUCUGAAUACUAAAUUGUGCCCUCGACUGAAUUAAUUUCUUGAAAUUAAACUUAAUUUGUCCUCUCAACACUCACAUUAUGGACCACUUGGAUUUAAUGCAAUUUAAUUUUGAUCUUGGCCCAAGGGCCAUGGAUAUACUUUUAGUUUUGGCUUUUAAAGAGACAAACUGUGUGCCAAAUCCAGACUACUACACACUAAUUCUAGGCAAGUUUUGACUGUGUUCACACAGAAAAACGACUAAAUGACCAAGUUGAAAGUGACUGAGUCUGAGAAUAUGAAAAGUAGCUGGAGAAUUUUAAAUAAGCUGUGUGGUGGUGAAACAAAGCUUCACAAACAUAAAAACAUAAAAAUAAGUAUUAAAUCUUACAUUUAAAGUAACAUUUUGUUUUCUCUCUGAGAAGUUAAAUUGGCUGUGACAUUUCAAAGUUUGACGUCACACGUAUUGUAUCAUAUCCUGUCAGUAUACAAUGGUAAAGUAUGAUGAUUUUUUAAUAUAUACUAACUGCUUAAAAACACAAUGACGGCUAAUAUGUAGUACAUACUAGAGCGCAAUGAUUAGUCGAUUAUUUGAUAAGUCAGUCCACAGAUGUUUAAUCUGCAACCAUUUUGAUACUCGAUUAAUUGUUUUAAUUACUCUUCAAGCAAACGCCAAAUAUUUUACUGGUCGCAGCUUCUCACAUGUGAUGAUUUGCUGCUGUUUUCCGUCACAUCUGAUAGUAAACUGAAUAUCUUUGGACUGUUGAUCCGGUACAACAAGCAAUUUGAAGACAUCACAUUGAGCUGUGGGAAGUGAUAACGGACAUUUUUCACUGUUAUCUGACAUUUAUUCAAAGGAUUCAUCGCUUAGUUAAGAAAAUCUGCAGAUUAACCAAUAAUGAAAAGAAUACAUGCUGUUAUAAAUUAGUAUGUAGUAUGGAUUUGGGACAAGUUGAAUGUUGGUUGAAAAACAAUUCUUUAUCUUAAUCUUUAUGAUCAAUUAAUCUGUCAAUUUUUUUUUUGAUUAUAUGCUUAAUCUGUCAGUGUAUAAAAUGCCAAAAAACUAGUGGAAAAUGUUUCAAAAUGUCUUAUUUUGUCCAAACCAA